AUGGCUUUUGGCGACGCGUUCAACUCUUCCAGCAAGGCGGCGAAUCUUCCGGCAUUUGUCGGACUACUAGAUUUAGUCUCACUGCCGACCAUUUCUCAAGGAAUCGUGGUAGUUACCAAGGUUGUCCUGUGCGUCCUUUUGCUCCUAUGUGCUCGUUCGUUGCCAUUCGUCUGGACAUUCCGCGUUUUCCGAGCACUGAUCGUCUGGAAACUCCAGCACAAAUGGAUACGGCUCCGAAUGCUCUUCAAGUUUUCACUCGAGGCGAAGUUGAAGGUGGAGGACGAGUGGAUGGAUUCUCAGUCGCCUGUGGGAGACAAUCCUUUUGAUGAGGUCGUAUCGUCGAAACAGUGGGCUAGCCUCGACGAGUGCGAUAUCAAUCUACACUUAAGCAACUCGAGUUACGCCAAGACGCUAGAUAGCGUCCGCUUUUCUGCGAUGGCGAAGAUGCUGCCAAUGCUCAUCCCCAUCAACGGCUGGGUUCCCCUCGCUGGUGAGAAGCUUAUCUUGAAUUUUGAUAUUGAGCCUGACAGUUUUGAAGCUACUCACUACCACUUCAUUCGGGAAAUACCUAUGCUUUCAACUUAUGAGAUACGGACGUCCUUCGGCUCAUGGGAUCAGAAAUGGAUCUAUGUUAUCUCUAAGUUUGUACGCAAGUCAACAGGCAAGAAACACAGGCGUCACGAAAAGCCGAAUUCUCCUCCCGUUGAAGGUAGUGGGCGCUUCGACAUGAUUCGCACUCCCGGUUCCGAACCACUCUCAUUGGGUGCAACGCCUCUUCCUUCUCCGAAAAUUCAGACCGGCGCAGACACCGAAAAAGUUCUGAAAGGUGCUGCCGCCGGUCUAUCCCUCGUCGAGCCGGACGGUGCGACGGUUCAUACGGUCGCUGUUUCACAAGUGUGCUUCAAGAUUGGACGUAUCACGGUCCCUCCUUCCCUCAUCCUAGCAAUAAACGGGUACACGGGAGCGGGCGGAUAUUCGCUCGCUUCGCCUCAUCCGGAGUGGUCUGAGGCGAAAAAGGUUAUGUCGAAGCUGCACGGAGGAAGCCCCCGGAAGUUGAGGGAACUGCUUACUGGUGGCUGGAGGAACGUACCGGAGAAGGAGAGGUGGUGGGACCAAGCACUCUGCGGAAGCCUGGAAGUGCAACGAGUGAAGAAUCUCGCGCUUAUUGAAGGACUCCGUCGCGGUAUGGAGAGUGCAGCUGAUCUAUGA